AAAAAAAUCGAACAAAAAUAUUUUUUUGUUGAAACUUUAUCCUUCGUUCGUGCAACAAUAAAAAAAACGAAAAAAUAAAAUAAAAUAAAAAUUCAAGAUGCCAAUGAAAGACAUCCUGUAUCGACUGCAACCGUUCCAGUUGUACAUAAUUCUGUGUUUAUCAAUUGCUUUUUUUCUCGUGCAACUCUUCCUGAGUCACAUCUCACAUGCCUUAACUCUCCUGGUGCAGGCGUAUCACAUGCUGUGCAACAUUAUUUGCCUCGUAGGAUGCAUUUUAACGCUAAAGCAUAACGACGACAACGGCAGCAGCAACAACUCGUCGUUCCGGCAACAGCGUUCUGUGAGUCGCGACAAAAAUGAAUUUGUCGAGGUGAAUCUCGCGGAACAAAGCAGCAACACGACAGAACGUUCCCUUCGCAACACCUUCGGAUGGACCCGAAUCGACGUGCUGUCAAUGCUGAUCGUUUGCAUUUUCCUCGCCUCGUUAUGUUUCUCGAUUUUUGUCGAGGCCUUGCAAACGCUCGUGCACUUGGAUCACGCCGGCGACACAAUGCACUAUCCCGUUUACGUGUUUUUGUGCGGAAUUUUGGGACUGAUACUCAAUGCCAUGUGCUAUGCCGUAAUUGGCGGUUACACAUUUCAUCAGAGCACUUUCCUCAGUUUGACAUCUGCCGGCGACGUGAUACUCGAUGCCAUCAUCACGGAUGACGGAGGCGUCAAACUGGGCGAUAAACGGAAGGCGACAGCGGUUAAAGUGCCUGCGAAACGACAAAAUUUGAGCGAGACAUGCCGAGAUGUGUGCAGUUCGAUUUUUGUCAUCAUUUGUGCCAUUCUCGUGUAUUUCUGUCCCGUGCCUGCGAACGAUGUGGAUAUGGACAUUCCGAAGUACAUCGAUCCCGUGAUUGCGAUUUUAUCGUGCGUCACUCUGCUGUAUUUUUCGUAUCCGUUCAUGAAAGAAGCUGGAUUGAUAUUGCUGCAAACGAUUCCCGAUACCAUCGAUAUCGACGUCUUUAAAGCGGAUCUCCUCAAAAAUUUCACCGAAAUCAUCAACGUACACGAUCUUCAUAUCUGGCAACUCACGGGAAGCAAAUUUGUCUCGACAGCUCACAUCAUUUUCGAAGAUUACAAGAUUUAUUGCCGUGUUAUGGACGACGUCGUGAACUAUUUUCACGAUCAAGGCAUCACAAUUGUGACAAUUCAGCCGGAAUUUCUCGGCAACAAGGCUCAAAUCACUCCCGGAUUGUGUCUCAUGCCGUGCAAAGACAAAAUGUGUCAUCCGAAAAUCUGCUGUCUUCCCGAUACAAUUCUCGCGGGACUCGAUUCUUGUGCAAAUUCCCCGACACACAGCGAAAUCUGCUCAACGACGCAAGUUUUGAGACUUUCGGAGAUCUCGAGUGCUGUGAUAUCCGAAAAUGAUACCGUUCUGUCGUGCAUCAGUUUGAACGACGUCACCUCUUCUUCCGUGAUGUCGUCUCCCUCAAAGUCGCAAAUGAGCGAAAACGACGAUUCUAGUCAAAGUAAGAGAAUUUUGAUACAACAAAGCGAAGAAGAAACCGACGAAAGUGAAAAAACGAAUGAAUGUUGCUUGAAAGGUGAAUGCGAAGCCAAAGGAUGUCAAGGCGAAAUUAUGGUUAAGAAGACUGAUGACGUUCCUAUGCGAGAAAAGUUAUAGGAUUUGAUUAAAUUUUAGUAUUUUCUUAUUAUUUUGUGAAAAAAAUUUUAUUCUCAAGAGGCCAGUUCAAGUCAAUGACGAAAAAAAAAUGUAAAAAUUUAGAGUAGAAAUUGUCAAUUGUACGAAAGUCAAUUGAGAAAAAUCCAAAAAAUAGUUUUAAAUGUGUAGAUAAGAAGUCUUUCGAAAUUUAGUGAAUGGAGACGCCUUUCAUAUUUUAAGUUUUAGUCGUAAAAUAGUUUUUGAGGACAUGUUUUCAGAAGUAUUUCAAGGCAGCUUCCAUAGUUGAAAACACUCGUCACAAGAUCAUUUUAAAUAGAAUUUAAUUAAAAAAAAAAU